AUGAUCAACCACGAUGAAUCUACACACACCUGUAUGUGUUGUAAUGACACCACAGGAAGUGACAUACCUGGUCCUAAUUGGAAAUCUUAUGUCCCACCUACAUCGCCCUGUGCCGAUGGUUAUGCAACUUACUAUUUGAUGCCAUACCAAAUAUGUCUGAAGUACUUCCCAGUGCCUGUCUCGUAUUCAACAGCCAAGGCCAACUGUCAUGAUGAACGUGCCAAUCUAAUAAAGAUUGAUUCCCAGGAAAAGUACAACAUAUUUGAGGAUUAUCAUGUGCCAAUUGCCAAUAAUUCAGUCAUUCAAGUGUGGGUCCAAGGGGAAAAGGUCAGAGGUCAGUGGCAGUUUGAUGACGGAACUCCAAUACCUGAAUACUGUCCAAUCGACAUGAGUAAUAAAACGGGAGAUCAAGUUCAUCUGCGGGCCAAAAGCUCUUCACCGUUUGAGUAUAGUGAUGCCGAGAACGCCCGUCUAUGUAAUUAUUCGUGCGAAUACCAUUUUCUGUCGUCAUUCAAUAAUUAA